AUGCAGCAUUCGCAGUUGGCCCCGCUGCCGAACGACGUGCCGUUUCGCAUCGUGUCCAAGACCAUCGGCCAAGGUGCCUAUGCAUGGUAUGAAGAGGACCAAUCGCACUGUGGAGCAACUAUUAACUUUAUUCGGUUUUUUAGUAUCAAAAAAGCCUGCCCCCUGGAUUCAGAUAACCCUGUCUUCGCAGUCAAGUACAUCCACAAAGAUUACGCUGCGCGACAUGGGAAGAUAAGCGCGCGACAGCUACAAAUGGAAGUUACGGUUCACAGACACGUCUCUGGUCAUGUGAAUAUUAUCAACUUCUAUCAGACGGGCGAAGACGAGGUGUGGCGUUGGAUCGCAAUGGAAUUGGCCGAGGGCGGGGAUCUCUUCGAUAAGAUCGAGGCCGAUGAGGGUGUGGGUGAGGACAUUGCCCAUGUCUAUUUCUCACAGCUCGUCAGUGCUGUGGGAUUUAUGCAUUCCAAGGGUGUUGGCCAUCGUGAUAUCAAGCCCGAGAACAUGCUUCUCACCGGUGAGGGGAAUUUAAAGAUCGCGGAUUUCGGUCUGGCCGCACUGUUCGAGUACAAGGGGACACGAAAACUAUCCACCACGUUCUGUGGCAGUCCCCCAUAUAUUGCGCCCGAGGUUAUUACCAAUAGCUCCAAAGGCCAAAACAAAGGGGCCGGGUAUCACCCUGAUCUAGUUGAUAUUUGGUCUUGCGGAAUCGUGCUUUUCGUCCUGUUGGCUGGAAACACGCCGUGGGAUAGUCCCACAGACGAUAGUUACGAAUACCACGAAUACGUUACGACAAAGGCGCGGACUACCGACGAGCUCUGGCAGAAGUUACCACCGGCAACAUUAUCUCUAUUGCGUGGCAUGUUGACAAUUGAUCCCAAAAGUCGGUUCUCGCUGGAGGAUGUUCGGAGACAUCCUUGGUAUACUCGCACAAACAAAUACAUCUCCCAUGAUGGCAAAUUGAGGGACCCAAUCAAUCUUGCUACCUCGAUGUUUGAGUCGCUUCAUAUCGACUUCAGCCAGGACCCCCUUUCCCACUUACGGAAGGGAACUAGCCGUGGUCUUGACCCUAUGGAUGUGGAUGUCGAUGCUACUGGUGCAGCUUUCUCUUCGACACAGCCGGAGAUGUUGGGUGGGGGCAUGUUGAUGGACUGGGACAGACCACAGGAUGCUGAGGUCUUUUCUGCAACCCAGCCUCUCAAGAAGAAGUUUGCUUCUCAAGAUGCAGCGAUGGUGGGCCAUCUUGAAGAUGAGCCUUCUAUGUCCCAGUUCUCUCAACAGCCUUCUGUGCCUGUCAGCCGAACCCAAAACGCUCAAAAGUUCCAUGAUAUUAUUCCCUCGCGUUCACUGACACGGUUUUAUUCUGCCUGGGAGCUGAAGCUCCUUGUGCCUCUCAUCUGUGAGGCUCUUCAUCGACUUGGAGUGCCCGUUCCGAGUGUUCCCGCAGUGAGUGCUGGAGAUAGUUCUGCCAAUGUUCGGGUGGUUGCCAAAGAUGGCAGAAUGUGUCCACUUCAAGGUAAAAUACUCAUUGAGUGUGUCUCCGAGGGUCUGUUUGAAGUGGAAUUCGUCAAAAUCAAAGGCGAUCCGCUCGAAUGGCGACGGUUCUUCAAGAAGGUGGCGAUCCUUUGCAAAGAUGCCGUCUUUAGACCUGACGAGUAG